CUCGUGUCAUCGUGCAUGCCCUAGAGGUUGACUUCAAAUGUCCACCCUGGGGUGUGGUACGCAAUAUGGCGCAAGCAGGUCCUAUCACGGAUGUCACUCAACGACUCUUCGUCGAGUUAAAGUCUAAGAACGAGGAAACGCGAGUUCGAGCUGCUUAUGAGCUUUAUGACAAUGUCGUUGCUAUCUCUAGAGAUUGGCCCCCUGAGAAGUUCCUCGAGUUCUUCAACGCCGUUAGCCAGCGCAUUGCACAGCUCGUGGUUACCGGCAAUGACGCACACGACAAGAUCGGUGGCCUGCUGGCUCUCGAUCGCCUAAUAGAUUUCGAUGGUGUGGACGCGGCUCAGAAAACAACUCGGUUCGCUAGCUAUCUCCGCAAUGCCCUACGAAGCAACGAUAAUGCGGUUUUGAUUUACGCAGCUCGGGCACUUGGCCGUCUGGCGAAGCCCGGUGGAGCUCUUACGGCAGAACUGGUCGAGAGUGAAAUACAAUCUGCUCUAGAGGCUCUUCAGUCGGAGCGGCAGGAAAGCAGGCGGUUCGCUGCUGUACUUGUCAUUCGAGAGCUUGCCAAAGGCUCUCCAACACUGCUCUAUGGCUUUGUCUCCCAAAUAUUCGAGCUUAUCUGGGUCGCUCUUCGCGAUCCCAAGGUGCUUAUCCGAGAGACGGCAGCAGACGCUGUUAGCGAAUGCUUUGAAAUCAUUGCCGCCAGAGACAUGCAGGUCCGACAAUUAUGGUUCGCGCGAAUCUACGAAGAGGCACUGCUAGGUCUCAAAUCCAGUAACGUGGAUUGGAUUCAUGGAUCGCUUCUGGUUCUCAAAGAGCUAUUAUUGAAGGGAGCCAUGUUUAUGAACGAACAUUACCGAAAUGCAUGCGAGAUUGUUCUUCGUCUCAAAGACCACCGUGAUCCAAAAAUACGCACCCAGGUCGUUCUGACCAUUCCAAUCCUCGCCUCUUAUGCGCCACUCGAUUUCACAGAAACUUACCUUCAUAGAUUCAUGAUUUAUCUUCAAGCGCAACUCAAGAGAGACAAGGAACGCAAUUCUGCUUUCAUCGCGAUCGGAAAGAUUGCCAAUGCUGUUGGUGUUGCGAUCGCACAAUACCUCGAUGGUAUCAUCGUUUACAUUCGAGAAGGUCUUGCAAUGAAAGCACGAAACCGCGCUGCUGUAGAUGAAGCACCGAUGUUCCAAUGUAUCAGUAUGUUGUCGCUGGCUGUGGGACAAGCACUCAGCAAGUACAUGGAAGCCCUACUUGACCCUAUCUUUGCAUGCGGGUUGAGCGAGUCUCUUACUCAAGCUUUGGUGGACAUGGCUCAUUAUAUACCUCCCAUCAAACCGACAAUUCAAGAGAAACUCUUGGACAUGUUGAGUCUGAUUCUCUAUGGUACCCCUUUUCGGCCCUUGGGUUGUCCGGAGAGCAGACUGCCACCCAUGCCCUCGUUUGCCAGAGAUUUCAGUCCUCAGGAGCUCCACUCUGAUACCGAAAUUGCACUUGCACUUCACACUCUUGGGAGCUUUGACUUUUCAGGACAUAUUCUUAAUGAGUUUGUUCGUGAUGUCGCGAUCAAUUAUGUCGACAAUGACAACCCUGAGAUUCGAAAGGCAUCCGCACUCACUUGCUGCCAGCUAUUUGUCCACGACCCCAUCAUCAACCAGACAAGUAGUCAUUCGAUACAAGUUGUCAGUGAAGUCAUUGACAAGCUCCUUACUGUCGGCGUAGGAGACCCAGACCCAGAGAUCCGGCGUACAGUCUUGUGGUCCUUGGACCGCAAGUUUGACCGUCAUCUUGCAAGACCGGAAAAUAUCCGUUGCCUGUUCCUAGCGGUUAAUGACGAAGUAUUUCCUGUUAGAGAGGCUGCUAUCUGCAUCAUUGGUCGUCUGUCCAGUGUUAACCCGGCAUAUGUGUUUCCUCCACUGCGCAAACUACUCGUCAAUCUCUUAACAAGCCUGGGCUUUGCAAGCACUGCUCGUCAGAAGGAAGAGAGCGCCCAGCUGAUCAGUCUCUUUGUUUCGAACGCUACAAAGCUAAUUCGCUCGUACGUGGAUCCAAUGAUCACUACACUACUGCCGAAAGCGACUGAUGCGAAUCCGGGAGUUGCCUCGACCACACUGAAGGCUGUUGGGGAGCUAGCAAGCGUUGGUGGCAGCGAAAUGAAGACCUACCUGCCGCAACUCAUGCCAAUCAUUCUUGAUGCAUUGCAGGAUCUGUCAUCUCAUGCGAAGCGAGAGGCAGCCUUGCGAACUCUGGGACAACUGGCUAGCAACUCUGGCUAUGUUAUUGAUCCGUACCUUGAGUACUCUCAUCUUCUCGCUGUACUGAUCAAUAUCAUUAAGACCGAACAGACUGGAUCUCUCCGCAAGGAGACCAUCAAAGUUCUAGGGAUCUUAGGAGCCUUGGACCCCUACAAAUACCAGCAAAUAAGUGAAACUGCGCCCGAUAUCCAUCACAUCAAUGAGGUGCAAACUGUGUCCGAUGUUGCUCUCAUAAUGCAGGGUCUGACACCAUCCAACGACGAAUACUAUCCGACGGUCGUCAUCAACACACUGAUGCAAAACAUAUUGCGCGAGAACUCUCUAGCCCAGUACCACUCUGCAGUCAUCGAUGCAAUUGUCACAAUCUUCAAAACAUUGGGCCUGAAGUGCGUGCCUUUCCUUGGACAAAUCAUCCCCGGGUUCAUUUCCGUCAUCAGGGGAUCUCCCCCCAGCCGCCUCGAAUCUUACUUCAAUCAGCUGGCAGUCUUGGUGAAUAUCGUACGACAACACAUACGGGCUUUUCUUCCAGAGAUCAUCGAAGUCGUUCGUGAUUUCUGGGAUGCGUCUUAUCAAGUUCAAGCUACAAUAUUGUCCUUGGUUGAGGCUAUCGCCAAAUCCCUAGAAGGAGAGUUCAAGAAGUAUCUUGCAGGGCUCAUUCCGCCUAUGCUUGACACGUUUGAGAAAGAUAAUACUCCGCGCCGGCAACCUUCUGAGAAGAUCCUACACACCUUCCUGGUUUUUGGCCCAAGCGGCGAGGAGUACAUGCACUUGAUUGUGCCUUCUAUCGUGCGCUUGUUCGACCGAACACAGAAUCCGACAAGUAUACGGAAGUCCGCGAUCGAGACCCUCACUAAACUAUCACGUCAAGUCAAUGUUUCGGACUUCGCAUCUCUAAUGGUUCACUCUUUAUCACGGGUGGUUGCUGGUAAUGACCGCACCUUACGGCAGGCUGCCAUGGAUUGUAUCUGUGCACUUAUCCUCCAGCUCGGUCAAGACUUCAACCAUUACAUACACCUGGUAAACAAAGUGUUGAGGGUAGUCCAAUUCAGUCAUCACAACUUUAAUACCUUGGUGACCAAGUUGCAAAAAGGAGACCCUCUUCCACAGGAUUUAAACAACCCUGAUGAGAAUUAUGCUGCACUUGCAGAUGAUGCCAACUAUGCAGAGAUUGGACAAAAGAAAAUGCUCGUCAAUCAGCAACAUCUUAAGAGUGCAUGGGACGCUUCUCAGAAAUCCACCCGAGAGGAUUGGCAGGAAUGGAUCAGGCGUUUCAGCGUGGAGCUUCUGAAAGAAUCGCCCUCUCCGGCUCUACGCGCAUGCGCAAGCUUGGCAGGCAUCUAUCAGCCUUUAGCACGGGACUUGUUCAACGCUGCCUUCGUUUCAUGCUGGACCGAGCUCUAUGAUCAGUAUCAAGAGGAGUUGGUUCGCUCAAUCGAAAAAGCUUUGACUUCGCCAAAUAUUCCACCCGAAAUUCUUCAGGUUCUGCUUAACUUGGCGGAGUUUAUGGAGCACGAUGACAAAGCUCUCCCUAUUGAUAUCCGCACUCUGGGUAAGUACGCCGCCAAGUGCCACGCCUUCGCCAAAGCUCUUCACUACAAGGAGCUCGAAUUUGAACAAGAUCAGAACUCCGGGGCAGUUGAGGCAUUGAUUACUAUCAACAACCAACUUCAACAGUCUGAUGCCGCUAUCGGAAUUCUCCGCAAGGCGCAGGCAUAUCGAGACGUUGAACUGAAAGAAACAUGGUUUGAGAAGCUUCAGCGCUGGGAGGAAGCUCUCGCUGCCUACAAGCGGCGUGAGAGGAUUGACCCCGACUCCUUCGGAGUUACCAUGGGUAAAAUGCGCUGUCUUCACGCUCUUGGAGAGUGGAAAGUCCUCUCAGACCUUGCUCAGGAGAAGUGGAACCAAGCGUCACUCGAGCACCGACGAGCAAUAGCACCCCUGGCCGCUGCCGCUGCCUGGGGCCGUGGACAGUGGGAACUCAUGGACUCAUAUUUGGGUGUGAUGAAAGAACAAUCCCCGGAUCGCUCUUUCUUCGGCGCAAUCCUGGCUAUUCAUCGAAAUCAGUUUGAUGAAGCUACGAUGUACAUUGAGAAGGCGCGCAAUGGCCUCGACACCGAACUUUCGGCCUUGUUGGGCGAGUCGUACAACCGUGCUUAUAAUGUUGUUGUGCGCGUCCAGAUGCUUGCUGAGCUUGAGGAAAUCAUCAUCUACAAACAGAACAUUGGCGAUCCUGAAAAGCAGGAAUCCAUGCGACAGACCUGGAACAAACGGCUUCUUGGAUGCCAGCAGAAUGUGGAGGUAUGGCAACGCAUGCUCAAGGUUCGCGCACUUGUUACAUCGCCUCGCGAAAAUCUUGAAAUGUGGAUCAAGUUCGCCAAUCUAUGCCGAAAAUCCAAUCGGAUGGGUCUCGCGGAGCGAUCUCUCGCAUCACUGGAAACUACUGUAUCUGACAGCAAUGGCACACGGGUCAUCGCUCCCCCAGAAGUUACUUAUGCCCGUUUGAAGUUCAACUGGGCUACUGGCCGUCAGCGUGAAGCGUUACAAAUGCUCAAAGAGUUCACCUCGAGCCUCACAGAAGACUUCACCCGAUACAACACCCUUAUGAUGUCACAGUCUGAUCACGGCGGAGUUAAUGGGGUCAAUGGGGUGAACGGGGUGAACGGAGUGAACGGUGUUGCUGAUGCGAAUCAUCCUGAUGUACAAGGGCUAAGAGAACGUAUCGGUGAUGUGGCCAAGUUCAGGAAGCUACUGGCUAAGAGUUACUUACGGCAAGGAGAAUGGCAGACUGCCAUGCAACGAGGGGAUUGGCGACCUGAGCAUGUUCGUGAAGUGCUCAACGCUUAUGCCGCUGCCACAAACUACAAUCGCGAUUCGUACAAAGCAUGGCAUUCAUGGGCCUUGGCAAACUUUGAAGUCGUAACAACCAUUGCUAGCCAGGCCAGCAGGGAUGGCACGACAAUGGCGAUGGUUCCAGGUCACAUAGUGACGGAACAUGUUAUCCCUGCAAUUCGAGGCUUCCUCCGGUCCAUCGCGUUAUCAUCAACGUCUUCCCUUCAGGACACUUUGCGUCUCUUGACUCUCUGGUUCACUCAUGGUGGUGAUUCAGAAGUGAACAACGUCGUCGUCGAGGGCUUCACCGCAGUCAAUAUCGACACCUGGCUCGCAGUUACCCCCCAGCUUAUAGCGCGGAUUAAUCAGCCCAACAUCAGGGUUCGAGGGGCUGUUCACCGACUCCUUUCUGAAGUGGGCAAAACACAUCCUCAAGCAUUAGUCUAUCCAUUGACAGUCGCGAUGAAAUCGAAUGUCACUAAGCGUUCGCAAUCUGCCAGCAGCAUCAUGGACAACAUGCGACAGCACAGCGCAAAGUUAGUGGAACAAGCCGAUCUCGUUAGUCAUGAACUCAUUCGAGUCGCGGUCCUGUGGCAUGAAUUGUGGCAUGAAGGUCUGGAGGAGGCCUCUCGACUCUACUUCGGUGAUCACAAUGUCGAAGGGAUGUUCGCAACGCUCGCACCUCUGCAUGACAUGCUUGAUAAAGGGGCAGAAACAUUGCGUGAGGUAUCUUUUGCCCAGGCUUUCGGUCGUGACCUGGCUGAGGCGAAGCAUUAUUGUAUGCUUUUCCGUGAGACCGAGGAAAUCGGAGAUCUGAACCAGGCAUGGGACCUCUACUAUACCGUGUUCCGCAAGAUUAGUCGGCAGCUUCCUCAAUUGUCGAUCCUUGAUCUCAAAUAUGUCUCUCCGAAACUCAAGGACUGCGUGGACCUUGAUCUUGCCGUUCCUGGAACCUACCAGAGCGGUAGACCUAUCAUUCGAAUUGUCAGCUUUGAUCCUAUUCUGCAUGUUCUGCAAACCAAGAAGAGACCGCGUAGAAUGACGCUGAAGGGCAGCGACGGAAAUUCAUACAUGUACGCGCUCAAAGGACAUGAAGAUAUCCGGCAAGACGAGAGAGUCAUGCAGCUAUUCGGCCUUGUCAAUACCCUUCUGGAUAGCGAUGGCGAGAGUUUCAAACGCCAUUUGUCCGUGCAGCGGUUCCCUGCCAUUCCUCUAUCUCAAAGCUCCGGUCUUUUGGGCUGGGUUUCCAACAGCGACACGUUGCACGCAUUGAUUAAAGAAUAUCGUGAGAGCCGACGGAUAUUGCUGAAUAUUGAGCAUCGUAUCAUGCUUCAGAUGGCACCGGACUACGAUAAUCUCACCCUCAUGCAGAAAGUGGAAGUCUUUGGGUACGCCAUGGACAACACCACCGGAAAAGACCUUUAUCGUGUCCUUUGGCUCAAAAGCAAGAGCUCUGAGGCAUGGCUUGAGCGGCGGACGAACUACACUCGAUCUCUCGGGGUUAUGUCUAUGGUCGGUUAUAUCCUUGGUUUGGGCGAUCGCCAUCCGUCUAACCUGCUUCUCGACCGAGUCACUGGCCGAGUGGUUCACAUCGACUUUGGUGAUUGCUUUGAGGUGGCCAUGCACCGAGAGAAGUAUCCAGAACGGGUGCCUUUCCGGCUUACUCGGAUGUUAACAUUCGCCAUGGAAGUCAGCAACAUCGAGGGCAGUUACCGGAUCACAUGUGAGGCGGUUAUGCGUGUGCUAAGAGAAAACAAAGACUCGCUUAUGGCUGUGCUCGAAGCGUUCAUCCAUGAUCCUCUAAUCAACUGGCGCCUGGGGGUUCGCGAGUCACCAGAUCGUAUGCCAUUCUCCGCGGAGCGUCGGCAGUCUGUUGUUUCCAAUAUCAACCUUGAACAUGGCGUCCAGCCAAGCAACUUUUCACGCCACCGCCGCCCUUCAAUUCUCGAAGGCGGUAUUCUGGAUGCGCAGGAAGGAAUCCCCAAUGAAGCACGGGAGGCACAGAAUGCACGAGCACUUCAAGUCCUCGCGCGAGUCAAGGAGAAGUUGACCGGCAGAGACUUUAGGCCCAACGAGGAGCUUAAUGUCAGCGAUCAAGUUGACAAGCUUCUUGCUCAAGCCACCAGCGUGGAGAAUAUUUGCCAACAUUGGAUUGGUUGGUGCAGUUUCUGGUGAAUAUCUUCUUUUGCUGAACAUGAAUUUCUGGUUUUCGCAAAGGCGCAAAUUGUGAUGACGGACUUUUUUGCAUGGCAUGGCUACCAUUUCGCUUCUUCCGUAUUGACCCCCUUGCACCUACAUGACUAUCUUGUGUGUCUUCUCUUUCUCCUUCUGCUUCUUCUUCUUCUUUCAGUGUGUAGUACUAUUAUUUGUAUCUGCGUCCUUCGGGGUUUCCCUUCCUACUCCCUCCGAGGAAGUACAAACUUUCGGGAGCUACCGUUCACGUUAAUACCAUCAUGAUCUCCUCAGAUGAAGGCGACAUAGUGCUCGAGCCCGGAAGACUUAUGGGAUAGACGGUUAAUUGGUG